AUGUUUUACUCUUCUACCCCGCCGCUUGACGGCACCACACCCGAGACCGGCCCCAACAGCUUCCCCACCGGCUUCGACUUUGCGAACCAGUUUCACCACUCCAAGAGCACCGUGAUGGCGUCGCCGAACACGGACUCCCUGGAGGGCGACCUUUCCACCUCCAGCGGCGGCGUACUGCGCGAGUCGCUCCCCCAGUCGUACCUCUCCCCGUCCUCGGUGCAGGUGAUGAACCUGCACGGCUCGAACAUAACUCGCCGCCUCAGCACCGACGCGCGCAACGCUGCAGCGGGCGGGGCAAACAACACCAGCGGCAACAGCCACCCCCACCAACUCAACAGCCACCACAAUAACAGCUCCUCCAUCAACAACAGCAGCAUCAACAACUUCGGCGAGGGCAGCCCGCUCUUCCAUUUUGUGCCCACCGCAACGGCACUGGACGAUGCUGAGGAUGCCGAGGAGGACAAGCAACUGCUCGACUACGCGGGCUUGGAGUCGCUGCUGAUGGCGGCGGUGGGCGACGGCAGCAGUGGCCUCACGCCGAUGUCGCAGUCGAGGAACUCCGCCACUGCCGCUUCCGCUGCUGCGGCGCUUUCGGCACUUUAUGAUGUGGCACCGCAGACGACCAUGCCGCUUGCUGUCUCUUCCACUGCGAAUCACGCGCAGAUGGAGCGCAGCACCGGCAGCGUCUCACCCGUCCCCUCGCGAGGCUCCAACUCUGUUCCUCUGAGUGGCAGCAGCCCUAACAUGUACAGCGCAGAGAGCGCGUUCCUCUACUCGAACUUUGACCCGGAGCUGAUCAACAGCAGACUGCCGCCGCCGCAGAUGAUGAAGGCAAAUGAGGACAACGCCAACGUGAUGGGCUCCACUUCGCCGCAGAUGAUGACCAUGGCGCCCGUGCGCGGCGUGGCGGACUUCUACCCCCUUCAUCCUGGCAGCGCGAUCAUGAACACCAGCGGCAACGCCUCGCACUCCGCCGCUUCCACGACGGGCGGUAACAUGUCCUUCACCUCGCAGCCGCCGACGAGUGAUUCAGAGGUGCGCAGCAACCUCUUCGUCUGUGGCCUCCCCAUGACCGUGACGGACAAGGAUUUGCUGGAUGUGUUUGGCAAGUACGGUCCGAUCGAAUCCGCCAAGGUGAUGCUGGACAUCCACACAGGCCGCAGUCGCGGCAUCGCUUUUGUCAAGUUCACCGACGUCGAGCACGCUGAGAACGCGAUCGACACCCUGAACGGCAUGCCGAUGAACGGGCACCCCAUCACGGUGCGCGUCGCUAACUCGCGUGCGGCCUUCUUGCCGGGCAACCCAACAAACAAGACCUUCGUGCGCAACGUCCCACUGGCGGUGUCGCGCUCUACGCUUAUGGAGUACUUCUCGAAGUUUGGCGAGGUGACGGAUCUGUCGAUCAAGUCGGACACCGCGCAGGGCCGUCACCACCACGGCGGCGGCAGCCGCACGAGCAGCGCGCCGGUCGACGCCGCGGAGGAGAAGCUAAAUAUCGUCUUCAUCACCUACUCCACCAAGGAGGCCGCCGCGCGGGCUGCUGAGGCGACCCACACAAAGGCGCCCUUCAAGGAGUGCAACGGCGUGCCGCUGCUGGCGAAGGUGGCCGAGGACACGACACGUCGCAUGGAACGGCUGUCUCGCCGUGUGCGGACCGUCUCUGGUAUGGACAGCAAGGAGGUGAGCACCACGGGGUCCACCGCGGCCAUGUCGCUGAGCUACGCCAGUCUGUCCGGGCUGCAGCCGGGGAUGAUGGUGGUCCCGGUGACUACCGCGGCGGCGGCGGCGACGUGCAAUGGCUGUGGCACUGGUGGUGGUGGUAAUGGGCUGUCGGGGGCGACGUACGUCACGGUGCCCAGCGUCACCGGUGCGGACCUGACGGCGCUGACGAUGGUGCAGACAAAUGGGCUGCCGCAGCCCACCCAGCAGCCCGCGCCGCCGCAGAUGAGUGUGCUUCAUGACGCCAACGGGAACCUGAUCUACGCCGCCGCCGCCGCUGCGGCUGCUCCCCCUCCCGCGCAGACGGGUGUGUCGUACUGCAUUCCGGGGGGUUUCCCCCAAGCGUCUCUACAGCAGCACCAGCAGCAGCAGCACCAGCAGCAGCAGCACCAGCAGCAGCAACCGCCGCCGCCGCCACAGCAGCAGCAACCGCCGCCGCCGCCGCCACAGCAGCAGAAUGUGUUCUUCACCACUCAUAGCCCGCCGCCGCCGCAGCAGCAGCAGGCAAUGUACAUGCAAGCCCCGAACGGGGUGAUGGCGUCGCCCGCUCAGCAGUUCCAACUUAUUCAGCCGCCGCCGCCGCAACAGACCAUGCAGCUGCAGGGCGCUCAGGGGCAGAUCAUGUACGUGCGGACCUCGAACGGCUCUGUGGUGCCCGUUGUGUUCAACGGUGCCGCGUUGGCCGGACCUGCGCAGGCGCAAGGGGUGGGCUCCUACUACGUGGUGAUGAAUAACUGA